GAAAUCCGGCUUUUAUUCGAAAACUAUUCCACGUAUUGUUUUGCGGUUUGGCUACGAAAAGCAUUUAAGGAACAGCUUACAGACCUAUAAUAGUGAGACGUUCUAUUUUCCCUUACUAAUAGGUAAGUUUUGACUGUGAAAAUGGCUAAAACGGCACUUUUUGCGGCGAGAUUUAGGUAAGAAGAUUCAUUUUCCCGGGCUUCGGAAAAUUAUAGACCCGUAGAAUGCACCUUUGUCUUGCGUCGCGUGAUAAAAAAAUAUAGUUUCGUAGAUGAAAAUCGAUGGUUCUACGAUGCAGUUCUAAAGCACUGCAUGCCAGUAAGACACUCCAGUGAAGUGGCGCCACCACGCGCUCCGCUCGGCCGCUAUCAGUCCGGGAGGGGAAGUAGCCUUGAGCGGCGGGAAGGUGGGUAUGCGGGGGGAAAAGAUCCGGCUGGUAGGGGGAGUGCCCAGCUGCUGCGUGUCGCUAACCUGAGUCUAGGGCAGUAGCUGUCUUUGACAGACGCACAGUGCGAGGUGCGAGAUAAUAGUUCGUACAUCCAUCAUCCUGCGUGCGUGCUCUGAUACUUGUGAAUGUGUGUGGGUGAAUUGACUCGCGUCAAGUGCCAGUAGAACGUUUAGCCUUUAUACCCAUUUAGAAAGGUUUGAUUUACAAAGGUAUGGAAUCUGCGAGAAAGCAAGUUUUGAAUGAAGACAAAAGAAGAGGUAAAAAACGUCACUUGCGUCUGAAUGCAGUUCGAAAGAAAAGGAAAUGGAACAAAGGGAAAGUUUUACGUUUAGUUGACGGCAGGCUGCGUUACGUGAAAAACCAUGAAACAAGGUUUUCCAACUAUACUUCACAUGAGUCUUUCAGUACAUCCAAACACGCGGGGAAUAUAGAAAAUGCUGUUGAAAGGAAAACCCAGACAGACAGUGAGACUUGCUACAUAACGUUGUCUCCAGCAAGGUGUUCCACCUCUCCCGGCGAUACUGCUUCACAUGAUCAAGUAGACAUCGAUGGAGCAGGUUGUUCGUUUUGGACAAACGAAAUAUUGGCGACACCGCAGAAAGUCACAACUACUGAUUAUCCUACAGAAGAAUAUGAUGUUACUGGAAUAUUUUCAGACACGGAACAAGAGUCAAAAUCGGUCACAAGUGACUACGCUCAGCUUCUUGAAGGCGUGGAGAAACUUUCGUCACCAGCAUCUUCACCCGAACAAACCUCUCCUAAAAAAACUUUCAGCUCUGAAUCAUCAACCUUUCCGAUACAAGGCCGUCGACUGUUUGAUGUUGACUUUCUAUUCAAAGAAAUGUCGCGCAUCAGCCAACAUAACAAAGUGUUUCAGUGUUCGUUUGAAAAUAUGCGAUUAAUAAAAGAACAUAAAAAUGGAAUGAUAAGUAAAUUUGAUUUCAAGUGUAAUAUGUGUGGUACUGUUGAAUCUAUUUUCUCGGAGGACCCCCAAACAAAUAAAGUCAACUGUAACAUGGCAUGGGUGAACAGUAUGUUGUUAACGGGCCAAAGUUUUACACAGUUACAAGACAUAACUUCAACUUUGGAAAUGCCUUGCAUGGCCAAGGAGACUUUCAACAAAUGUCAAAAAUCCCUAUCUUCUGUUAUACACGAUGUCGCAUGUCAAAGUAUGGAAGCCGCUGGCAAAGAAGAAGCAAGAUUGGCAGUAGAAAAUGGCAGUGUGGAUGUCGACGGAGUUCCUCUCAUAGCAGUUGUCACUGAUGGAGCUUGGUGUAAACGAUCGUAUGGAAACAAAUAUGAUGCUCUUUCUGGGGUGGUAAGUUUGUGUAUUACGUAAUCUUAUUGCGUGUUGAAUAAUAAUUUGUAGGCAAUCUGUGUUAUAUCAGUAAUUAUGUAUUAUUAGUAACUAAAAUAAGUUCAUGACAGUGUGAACAACACGUAAUAGUUAUUUUGUUAAUAUUUCCUUCUUUUGUAGAUAAAUGCGACAAUUUAAAUUCUUUAUAAGUGCAAACAUUGUAUAGUUAUUUUGUGAUAGACCUGUUUGCUAGUAUGAAAGUCUUUUAGGCCUACCGGCAUAGAGCCAUAUACUUAGAGCCUAUUGGCAUAAUGCCAGACAUUCGAAAUAAUGUAAUUAUCCUGAUUAUACAAUGUUCGUUACCUUACAUUAAGUUUUACAGCGAACAGAUUAAAUAUGCUUGUUUUUUUUUCUUAUAGGCUUGCAUAGUAGGAAAAGAAACAAAAAAAGUUAUCUUCGCAAGCACUAGGAAUCGAUACUGCUGCAUAUGUUCACGAGCAAACAGUAAAAAUGAGACGCCAAAGGACCACGUCUGUUUCAAAAAUUGGAACAAGUCUUCAAAUGCCAUGGAAUCUGACAUCAUAGUGGAAGGUUUCAAAUGCAGUGUUUCCAUGCAUAACCUGAAAUAUCAUCAGCUGAUUGGUGAGUCACAAGGUGAUCAGUUAAUUUCAGAUGUUAUUAAUUAUUAUGUAUUUGUGUCGAUAGUAUAUUUUCGAAAUAAUUUCAAUGCCGUGUGGUAUUUAAUGUUUUUAUUUCCGACGUCGCACGUUUCAUAUGUUUUCAUACAAUGCUGCAUAUUGUAACGAACUGAAAUGUAGCGCUUUUGUAACAGCUACUUCCUAAAUAUACAGAAAGGUAUUAGCUCUACAAUGUUUAUAAAUGUAACCUCGCGAAGAGUAGGUAUUAAAUAUUGUGAACUAUAUGAAAAUAGUUAGCCUCAGAGCAGUAACCGAGCGCUCUGAUAUGUCUACAAGUAGAACGUGCAUAUGUGGCCAUUUCGAGUUAAAAAUGAUUUGGUAGUUUUCUGUAGGUAUUUUUCAGUGAGCCAUUGUAUGUAAGUAGUUGUGUUAAUUAAAGAAAUGUUGUCUUGCACUUGUAUUUCAUACCCCAGAAAUAGCAUAGCCAUACAAUUCAGAGCCUACCACUAUGUUAAUAUAUGUACUUCUUUGAGGGCUUAACUGCAGAUUUAUGUCUUGGUAUGGUUCUUAGGAAUAUUUUUAAAGGGUAUGCAAGGUAUAAAGUUUUCCAUUUAGCCGAAAAAAGGACCCAAAAAUAUUGUAAAGUAUGCGGCCUUAGUUUUAAUAUUUGUGAGAAAUAGAGUAUUGAAGUCUUAUCUUGUUUAAGGCCAUGUUACAGCGUUUAACGGCCCUUCAAAAACAAUAAUUUUUAAUCAAUGUUUUGUCUAUACAGAAAAAUCACCCAGUUUUAACAAUACCACCUUAAACGUUUUAUUAAAGUAUUGUCAUACCAAUAAACAUAACAGUUUUUUUCCAAUAUUUCUAAAUAAGUUAACGCCAAUUUUUUGCCCGAAAAUGAGAUAAAGAAUGACAAAAUAAUGUAUGCGGCCGAAUUAUACGUGGUAGAUUUAAAUAGCUUCUAAGGAUUUGUUCACAGUUUCAUUUCACGGAGUCAUGAAUUUUCUCAAUUCAUUACAUUGGAAACUAACUGAUAAAUUUAACUCAUUAUUUUCGAAACGCUGCAACAUGGCCUUGUAUUUUUUUUCGUAUAUAAAUAAAUACCUAUACAUUCAUCACAUUAGUACGUAGCGUGUUGUAAACAUUUUCAGGAGAUGGCGAUAGCAGCAUUAUGACCCAGUUGGUGAAGGCUCAGCCAUAUGGUCCAAAUUUUACAAUCACCAAAAUUGAAUGUACUAACCACAUACUGCGAAAUUACCUUCGAAGGAUACGUUGUAUUGCUCAAAAGACGAAAAACGAAAUUGGUUCCGUUUCUCCUGUUCUACGAAAGGCUGUAUCUGACAAACAACUCCGCCUUCGAGCUGCAGUCACCGGAGCUGUGCAGCAUAGGCGUGCUCAAAAAGAGUUUCCAAUUCACAGAAAAAUUGAGGAGUUAAAACUUGACAUUUACAAUGGUCCAUUUCACGUAUUUGGUGACCACUCAGGAUGCGCAAUUAGAGGUUAUUUCUGUAGCGGAUUGAAAGAAAACGAGGAAAACCUUGUACCGCCUCUUCAAGAGGCAGGUAUAUGGUCAGAAAUAAUAGCAGCUCGAAACAUUGUUGCACAUCAUGCUGUAAGCCUUUUACAUAAUGUCAAUACUAAUACAGCAGAGUCUUUCAAUAAUGUGGUUUGCAAGCAUGUUUCAAGUAAACGAGUAAACUUUUGUUUGAGUGGUGGCUACCAAACAAGAAGCGAGCUCUCUGUAAUUUCUUUUAAUUCAGGUCCUCAAACACAGUCCUUUAUCCAUAAAGGUUUAACAAACAGUAGUCCUGGAAACAUCACUAAAGCUCACAUACAGCGCAAGGAACGUUCAUCAGAGAAAAGAAAGCUCAGGAGGCUGACAAACCCACAAACAUUUAAGCGCAGAAAGUUGUAUGUGACAGGUCCUGACAAGGAUUAUGGCUGUGUAGAACAACGCAUACCUGACAUGGAACCAGACGAAUAUGCAAGACAGACACAGGAAUUUCUCGCUAGUCUUUGUAAAACGGAUGAAGAACGAGAAAAUCUACAAAUCGCUACCAAAGGGCAAAAUGAUUCUGUUUUCUGGAAAUCAGAAAGAAUCAAGCGACUGACAGCAUCAAAUUUCGGUAGAAUCUGUAACAUGAAGAAAUCCACUAAGCGAGCAAAAUCCGUUGUCAAUAUAUUGUACAGUAGGUUUUCAGGGACGGAGGCCACAAGGUAUGGAUUGGAAAAUGAGCAUAGCGCCAUUCAGGAUUUUGAAGUGAACUUUGGUAAGAAGGUGGCUCGCUGUGGCUUAUUCGUCGAUAAGGAACACCCAUGGCUGGCAGCAACACCUGACGGUCUUGUUGGAGAUGAUGGUAUCCUUGAAGUAAAAUGUCCUGCCGUAGCUGCCAGAAUGUCUCCACAAGAAGCAGUGGAACAGAAAAAAGUAACAUUUUGUAACAUUGUGGAUGGUAAAAUGUUUCUGAAGAAAGGACAUGCUUACAUGUACCAAGUGCAGGGACAACUGCAUAUUACCAAUCGUAAGUACUGUUAUUUCGUCCUUUGGACACCACGUGGCUUACUAGUGCAACAAAUUGAAAGAGAGAACAGUUUCUGGAAAGAAAAAAUGAUCAACAAACUGACACAGUUUUACAUGACGUGCCUUCUACCGGAAAUAAUAGAUCCACGUUAUCCUAGGAAUAUGGAAAUCAGGGAACCUGAUAAUACACUGUAAACAAUUGAUGGACAAUAGCCUUAUAUGUAAGCCAAAAUUACCACAAACAGUACAGGUAAAUUCCCAUUUUUAAAGAAGGAUAUUAACAACAAAAAUGAUUUCAUAAAGAUUACAGUUAGGCCUAUAGAUUUUUGUUUUCUAGUCCAAUAAACAAUUGAAACAUAGAAAAUUGGCGUACUAGUUUGACGAAAGAUGUUUGAAAUGAUACAGUUAUACAGACAAGUGCCCAGUUGCCAGUUUCCGUGCCAACAGAAAAAAAACCUUAUGUUUGUGUAUGCUGUGAAAUACUUAAAUCAAUAUAAUGUAACAGUGUAAUUGGCAUGCAGUGUCUUAUAACUUUGCACUUAGAUUAUAUUAUUAUGGGCCGUAUCUCAUUGUGAAUCGUUUUAAAAGAUAUACGUAAAAUGUUUGUUUCACUCUACAUGUUAUAUUGUGCGCUGAUAGUUUACUACUAGUAUCGAGCAGCUGUUUAUUUUUAUUUUUGGUUUUGAUGUAUUAACAUUAGUUUCAUUAUUUGUAUUUGCACCGUAUUAUUUAUCAAGAGUGUUCGAAACGAAAUAAUUUGUUAUACUGAAUCUGAAAUAGUUGUAUGAAUAUAUUUAUUUUUGUAUGUUUAAAUAUGUAAGGUGGAAUAUUUUUUUGUGUAAACAAUUAGUAUGUAUGUUCAGAGCUAUUGUAUUGUAGCUAUUGUCUCAACAGUUUCAAAACAUUAAGCCAGUUUUUUACCAUUUACUUAAGCUGAUUCAUGGUGACAACUGUCUUAUUUUGUGGUACAAAUUACAUAGAUGUAUAACCUGUAGUAAGAAUGAACAUAACAAUUCUCAUAGAUAUAAAAUGUAAAUAAAAUAUGUAAAUGUGGUAUUGUUGAAUGAGCAUUAGGUGUUGUGUGAAUAAUAUAUUUUGUUAUGAAUGUUGUAAUUUACAAGAAAGAUAUUUAUAUACAUAUGUUGUAAAAUAUACACAUAUCCAUACACACUUUGCAGCAAGUGAUUUCAUUACAUACCCUUCCAUUUUAUUUUGGCAUUUUGUAUACACUGCCAAAGGAAAAGUUUAAUUACGAUUUACUACCAAUCUGUACAAAGUGCCUACAAGAGGUUUACAUUUGUGGAUACAUGUGCCUCUGUAGUACAUUAUUAUUGUAAUAGUGAACGAAUAUUAAAUUCACACAUCUGGUACUUUAAAUUUAAGUAGGAAUAUGAAGAAAACAUACAUUAUAGUAUUUGUUACAUUAAGAAGGAUCACAAACACACAUGGUAUUACCCAUAUUAAAAUAAGAAUAAUAUAUAAAUACAUUAAGAUUAGAAACAUUACAGAGUUUACAUUACUUAAGACCGACGACAAUAAAUAGGGAUGUAGUACGUUGAGUAACAUUGUCAUAUAUUACAUGACAAAUUAAUCCUUUAGUACACUCACUAGGUCAUUGAAUAAUCUAAGACAAUCAUAAGAAUAAACUCAGGCAAUAUAGAACGGCCUAUACGAGUACACAAACGAAUAAACAUUAGACUACUAGUUAACUUACAGUACAACAAAAACUAAACAUGUCUUAAUUUUUUAUAAAAUAUUUCAUAAGUUUAUUUAUGACCCGCAGUGAAAUUUACAGUUUUUUUGUCCUGAAAUAAAAUUGCAUUCGCUAUGUUCUUUCUAGACAUCGUUUUCCGCACUAUCUCUUAAAAAUUGUGAGCUGUAGCGCUAAGCAGCACACAGGCUGACGAACAUAUAAGAAUAAAUUUAGCCAAUCAGUGUACGCUAAUGCGUAGCAAGUUUAAUAGUUCAGUCGGUAAUAAUCUAAAUUAUUUGUUAUUAAAUGCAAUAGAAACAAAACGAUCUCAUUUGAUAGCAAAUGUAGAUAGUUGUUUUAAAGUACCACAAAUUUGAAACACCAUUUGUUAAUUCACAGCCAACCAUAUAAGGAGUGAGGCAAUCAUCGUUUACGUAACAUAUGAGAGGCUAAUAUUGAUAAUGGUGUAAGUCACUUAUAUUCCGAAGCACUAGUGUUACAUUAAAUAUGUUUCAUACGAAAGCCCCUCUAAAUUAUUUAAUAUUUAUUAACUUUCUCACAAUCAUUCAAGCACUUAGUUGGUUCUGUCUUUUAAAUAUCGUAACAAAUAAUUGUUUUGUUAAAAAUUGGUAAUGUGCCUUAUUCCACUAUCAUUCUAAGCCUUUCAUAUCAUUGCAUGCAGUUACGGCAUUCAUAAUAAAAGGCCACUUAUAUUUUCCGAGUUUGAAUAGGAAAAUAUAUCUUUAUUCGUUAACCAUUUUUACUAAAGCCUGUUCUACAGUGACACGGAACCGUAAGCAACGGAAACGCAUAACGGAAACUCAAACGCAAUCGCAAGAGUUGUGUUGCCAAUCUCAUGCCGAAGCGUUUCCGUGUCCGCUUGCGUCCACUGUUGCAAGUAUAUUAAAAUAUUCGUUUUUGUGAGUUCACUGUAGAACGGACCUAAUGAUUUAUAAGAACGGCUGAAAACAAUAGCGUCCGAAAUGAAAUAUGCUAGAUGUAUUUUACUGCAGAACAAUAAACGGCGAUUGUUUCAUCAGCUGCAAAAUAUUGCAUACAAACACAACUUUAAAAGCAACAGAGCAUUCGUUUAAUGGGUAAUAAUAAUUAUAUUAUAGUUUCUUCAUUCCAAAAGAAAGUAUCAUGGCAUAAAAAUAUCUUUCACGAUUCUCUGAAGUGUAAUCUGGCCUUAGUUCAGCGCGGAAAUCCUAAACAAUGACAUUCCGCCGCAUGCGCCAGCCAAGUGUCUCGAGGUGCCGGCUCGGUGCCGGGAAGCGGACACCGCGUUCACUAUCUGCCUCGCGCCCUUUCCCCUGCCCCCGCACUCUCCCACCCAGGUGUCUGCUCGGCGGUCGGGUGGGGGAAGACACCAUCCCGCCUUUCGAGGGGCGGAAAGCCACGGCGAGUAGUUCCAGCGUCUGCCGCGAUUCCUGCACGAAGAUGAGCCCGUCCAAGCGCGCGAAGUGAUUUUCCCACGGACAUA